ACUCUCCUUAUAAAUAUGAUACCAGACUAUUUUGUAAACCAAUUGAUUUAUUUCUAGUAUGCAAAUUCAUCAAAUCGUUUUUCAGCUUUUUCUUGCAAUUGAUCUUGAAGAAUUUGAUCAUCUCCGAUGAACAUGUGUGAUUGUAAAAUUUGUGUUAAUGUGAUAUGAUGUUCGGAUGUAGAAACUCUGUGUAUUUCAUUCUUAAACAUGGAUUAUUUUGAUUGACAACAUAAAACAAUGGUGUAACAUUUAAAUUAGAAUUUUAAGGAAAGGAUGUUACCAAGGGAGACAUGUUGGUUGCUAUGGAUGUUGUACUUGACAACGAUCUAUUUAACACAGACAGGAGGUCAAGAUUGUAGAUACAUAUUCAACAAUUCCUUACUAACGACUGUCAGCCCUGGGAUAUUUGGCACGCCUGGCUUUGGUUCACGUAAAUAUCCAGUAGGCAGAAGAUGUCACUACAUUUUUAUUGGAAAACCUGAUGAACGAGUAGAAAUGAAGUUUACCAAGUUUAAUGUCCAGGGAGUAGCACCACUAUGUCAAUUUGAUUAUCUAGAUAUUUAUGCUGAAGUUAGUGAUAUGACGCAACCCCACAUUGACACGCCCCUCCUAGGAAGAUUCUGUGGGGAAGGUACUGAUCGUCUGCCGAAUCUCAUCAUCUCAACAUCGAACAUCAUUAUUUUGGACUUUUACUCUGACUUUGACAAAGCUGAUGAUGGCUUUGAAGGACGAUAUAGGUUUAUAAAUGAUUCUAUAUAUAAUUUUGGACAAAAGAAGAACCUAUGUGAUUUUGUGAUAAACAGUACAGAACAACGAUUAGGUUACAUUGUAUCACCAACAUACCCUGGAAUGUACCCAGACAAUCUACAUUGUAGUUAUACUCUUGUAGGCAAGAUAGGACAGAGGAUCAGAAUCAAAUUUCUAGAUUUUUCACUUUUCCAAGGUGGAGAUUACUGUCCUAUUGAUUAUGUGUUGAUCCAUGAUGGAGGAAGUUCAAAGGGAGAAGUAAUAGGAAGAUUUUGUGGAAAUUAUAAAGACGUUGUGAUUUAUUCCUCUGAAAAUUACUUAUCUAUAAUAUUUAGAACUCAGAGUGGGAGAAUAGACUCACUCAAUGCUGAUAAUUUAGAAGGAGACGCUGACUUUUUAUAUAAUAGAAGAGGAUUCAAUAUUUCUUUUGAAUUUAGUGACAAGUUUGUAAAACCAGCCUUUUCAAGAGCUGGUGGUGACCACAUUCAGCAUAUAAAAGGAACAGCAUGUGAUGUGAGGAUCAGUAGUAAAAAACGUUCCUUCGGUACAUUGACGUCACCUGGAUACCCGUCAGAUGUACCUCCAAAUGUUACCUGUAAUUACUACCUAGACGGUAUGAGAAACAGGAAAGUUCUAGAAAAAGUAUCGAUAUCUUUUAAAGAUUUUGAAGUUCCUGGUCAAAUGCCAUACUGUUAUGAAGGUUAUUUAGAAGUCAACCUUAAAGGCACUCUAGGAGUUGGUGCUUUUGAUGAGAGAUUCUGUGGGUCCUUACUGCCUCCUAAUCUUACAAGUGAAGAUUCCCGAAUGAUUUUGACCCUUGACACACAUAAAUCUAGGAGCAGUCGAGGGUUUUCUUCCACAUAUCAGUUUAUUACAGAUUUUGGAAUAUCUGGUCAUAGUCCCGAGGAUGGGAAGUGUAUAUUUCUGUAUAUCAGUCGAAGCUAUAAAGAGGGAACAUUUAAUUCACCAUAUUAUCCUCAAGAAUAUCCAGACAAUACUAAAUGUGAAUACAUAUUCCGUCCUGCUGUAUCAGAAAGACUUCUUAUUUCAUUCCAUGCCUUUGAUUUGGGAAGAACCAGAGGGCCGUGUCAUAGUUCAGACAAUAUUUUGGUAGACCAGCAUGAUUUAAAAGGAAAUUAUACAAGAAUAAACACAUACUGUGGUACACAAUUUCCUGGACCAAUAGUUGGGGCAUUAGGACAAGAAGUGAGAGUAGUCUUCAAUAGCAGAAUUGGUAGUAGACAUGCAGGAUUUCAAGCAAAAUUUGAAUUUUUAAAUACCAGAUUGAGAAAAUGUGGUGAAAAUAUUACUUCCUUUGGUGGAGGAGGAUUGAUAAAGAGUCCAGGUUCACCAGAGAAAUAUAAAAGUUACUCAUUUUGUCAGUGGAUAAUUAAAGCCAGUCAUAGAAAAAACAAUAUAUUAGUUAUAUUUGAAGACUUCCAUGUAGAGGGAAAAGAGCAAGAAGGUGCUGGCUGUAAGAAUGCUGUAAUGAGAGUUUACCAAGAUCUUCACCAACCAGGGAAAGAAUUAUGUGGAAAACAGGAAAACCAGUUCUUUCUUUCUAUUGGGGAAUAUCUAAAAUUAGAAUUUGUUACGUCAAGUAGAGCAUUAGGUGCUAAAGGAUUCAAAAUAACCUGGACAGAAGUUCAUCAAACAAAUCCACUGACUGGAAGUCAGACAUCUUCUGGUAAAAAUGGUUGUCGAGGUUUUACAUGUAAAAUAACAAAGUACUGUAUAGAUGAAUCACUGAAGUGUAACGGACUCCCUAACUGUGGAGAUAGUGAUAGGUCAGAUGAAGAAGAGGGAUGUCCAACUAUAGACCCUGUAACAGGUCAACUAGGUCCUCAACCAGGAAAAUUUGAAGUACUUCACAUAGCUGUUGGUGCAUCUAUAUCUUCAUUUUUCUGUGUCAUACUUGUAGUUUGUGGAUUUUAUCAUAGAAAAAGAUUCAGAAAUAAUCCUAAACCACCUGACAACGAUCAAGUAGAAGUACGUUAUGUAGCAGCUUCAUCAUCUAAUAACACAGCUGAUAGACUCUUAGCCGUUGACCAUGCUGGCGAGAACGGCUCACAUAAAUCAUCUCAUAUCUCAGUGCAUAAUACCACACCAAAACUGCCAAACCGAACACCAAAUCAGGUGCCAAAACAUAUAAAAAAUCCUUCAAUUGAGAAAAUUAGUCAGUGUUCAUCACAAUCAUCAUUUUCGCCUUCAUUAACUUCAAAUCAGUCUCCAAAAAUAGCAUCAAUUCCACGGACUAGUCGGACACCACGAAUACAGAAAGUCUCUAUUGUAUAGUGCUAGGAAAUUUAUUUAAUAUGUCAUUUUGUAUAUUCAUUUCAUUAAGCUUUUGUGUUCUGUAAAUAUUGUAGGUAAUUAUGAUGGAUAUAUGUGUAUAUUUGUGUACCAAUCUAAUUAAAACUAGUUUUCCACAAUUACUCCUCGUUUUCAUUUGUUUUAUAUGUCACAUGUGGGAGCUCCCAUGCACCACAUACGAAAUUGAGGAGCAAGUGCAGAGAACUUCUUGUAAUUGGAUUGUUUGUGUACUAAAGUCGAAUGAGUGUAAAUAUUGUAGGUAUAAUGAAGGAUAUUUGUGUAUGUUUGUGUGCAGGAGAGGAUAUUAUCAGAUAUUUUAGUGUAAAUAACUUAGUUAAUUUUAUUUGAUGUAUAUGUAUGCUUGUAGCCUUUGUAGGCCUCCUAUAUUUUUCAAUACAACUGCUAUGCAGUGGUGGUCAAUAAAGGGUUGGAGCAUUUAAAAUCUUAAAAUUAUUCUACCAACU